AUGUCAAUCGCGCCGCAAAUAUGUACGGUUGUGCUAAUCAUAUUAGUGUCCUCAUGUGUUCUAGUCGAAAAUCGCAGUUAUGACAAUGGCCUCAUAUUUUACGACCUUAAAACGAAACAAAUUAUCUUACCUCCCACCGUAUCGGUAUCGCGCGGUCGUAGCCUGUCAAAUUUCAAAUUCUCCAGCAAGGGUUCCAUAUGGUCAACAUUUGGUAAACCAUGCGAGUGUGCCGGGCCACUGUGUGGCUGUUGUGUUGGUAUCAAAGUGAAACAAUAUAAUUUCGAUCAGAAAAUGUGCGCCAAUGUGACAUAUGUGGGACCGAAAAACGAACUAAACCUCGAGAUGUUUGUCAAUGAAACACAAUCAGCUAAAUAUGCCGUUUCUGCUCGUAAUCCUUCACCAUUUUGUAUACCGGUAAUGUUGGGCAUACCCAUGUCGAUGUGUGUCCAAAUGUCCGAUGUUGGACUGCAGGGUGAUAAUAUGCAUGCCUGUAUGGAUUUUAUGGUUCAGCUGGCAUCGACACAAAUAUUUGAAAUGCAUUUCCAGUGUAUGCAGAUAGGAGCACAGGGAGCUCAAUGGGUGUUGCCCGGUGGCGGUCCCGUUAUACCUCCCUCUCAAAGUAAAAUUACCGAUCGUAGUGAUACAAUGUCUGAUGAAUAUUACGACGAAGAGGAAGAAGAGGAGGAGAUUGAGCAAGGAGAGGAAGAAAAUACUAUUGAAACGGAUGAGGCAACAAAUAAAUUAGUGGUGCCACAGAAAUUGGGAGAAAAAGAAGAAGAGGACACAAAUAAAGCUGAAACAGAGACUAAUAAGAUUAUGGAAUCCCAGAAGAAGGAAAUGGAUGAGGAUGUAAAUAAAGCAGAGGAGGAAUUGGAUUAUGAAGAUCUUAUGGAAGAAAGUGAUACGAAUAUAUCCAAAGAAAAUGAAGUCAUAACCCCUGAAGAGAAAAAGGAAGAGAACGGAAAAGCUCCUAGUGUGGACAGUUAUACUUUAAGACCUUUGAAAGCAAAAAGUGAAGAGGAGAGUUCAGCAGAACUUGAAACAUCUGAUGACAGCCAGAUGUCAAUUGAAAAUAAAAAUCACGAUGAACAAAUGAAUCUUAGCAAUGAAAUAACUGAAAACUCUGAGGACCAGACAAUGAAAAAAAUCAAUUUGGAAAAUGACACUCAACCCAUUAUGGCUAAUAGCGAAACAAUGGAAAACAUACCCAUUGACAAUAUCAAUGACACGGUAAUGACUGUUACAUCUUCCACAACACAAACUCCAUUAAUAAUGCUGCCAAAAACCCCGACAACAACAACAACUACACCAUUAAACGGACCACUGAACUCAACGUCGGAUACCAAACCAGAGGAAAAUAAUAAUAGUGGUCAUAAUGAGAGUGAUUACGAUGAUGAUGAUGAAGGAGAAGAAGAAAGUGCUGAAGAGGAUGAUGAAAUCGAUGAGGAUGAUGCUGAUGAAGAUGAAGACGAUGACGACAAUGAUGAUGAUGAUGAAUCGACUUCGACUGAAGUGAAAGAGCCUGAAAAAACUAAAGAAGACGAUAACACAACUGCUGAUGAUGACGAUGAAUACUAUGAUGAAGAUGAAGAAUACGAUGAAAUUGCAGCGGAUGUCCCAGCCAAUAAAGAAAAUUCCACGAGUGGCCUUGAUGUUGCAAUCCCAGUAACGCCACAAGCCGUAGCCACAAAGCAGACAUUAUCACCAACAACAACAAAUACGAUUGUUGAGAAAUCUGAACAUGACAUUGCUGUAAAUCUUCAAUUAUCCCCAGAUGACAUGCCUAAUGCCAAAGACAACAACAAUCACACAAUAACAAAUGCAACUGCCAGUGUUAACACAACAAAUGAAAUUGAGAAGUCACCACAACUCACGGAGGUACCAACUGUCAGCAGCAACAGUGACGAUGCAGCAACACCUCUAACACCUGUUCGUAAGCUAUACAGACUAUAUCGAGAGAAACAUAUACCCGCACGAUUCUAUAGUGGUCACCAUUAUAAACAACAACAACAACACCACGAUAAUGUGUAA